AUGCAAACUCAGUCACCAGUGGUCAUUGUGACUCAACCUGGGUAUGGUGUUGCAGCCCAACCCUCCAACUGGCAGACUGGCAUGUGUGAUUGCUUCAGUGACUGUGGAGUGUGUCUCUGUGGCACAUUCUGCUUCAUGUGCCUUUCCUGUCAAGUUGCAGCUGACAUGAAUGAAUGCUGCUUGUGUGGAUCCAGUGUCGCGAUGAGGACCCUCUACAGGACCCGAUAUGGCAUCCCUGGAUCCAUCUGUGAUGACUAUUUGGUGACCGUUUGCUGUCCUCACUGUUCCCUUUGCCAAAUCAAGAGAGACAUCAACAGAAGGAGAGCUAUGCAUACUUUCUAG